AUGGCGACAGAUGGAGAAGCAGAUAGAAUUUUGAGGGCAUUGGCUCUCAUUGACCAGACCACUUAUCACGACACAGAUGCUGGCUUCUACGAAUUCAAGAAAUUAUUUCAGUGGAGAACUCAGAAACGAAAAGCUGCCAUUGAAGAAAGUGAAUACCGCAAGAAAAGACGUCGGACCACAUACUUCCUAGACAAUAUCACCAAGUCCUUUGACGUUUCUGCCACGACCGGCGCACAUCACUUCCGCGAACGGUUCGAAGCUUCCGCUGCAAAGGAGAUUGCAGACAAGGAUCACCAAAGCGAGAAAGAAAGAAAGAAAGACAUGCAACGAAAACGCCGUCGUGAGCAGCAGAUUAGGAAUGAGACACAAAAAGUGGAAGAGCUUCAUGAACGAGCAAGGGAAGCUGAAGAUCAGGAGGAAGCACAGCGAUAUUUGAGGCAAGCGGAAAAGGCUCAGCAACGGAUCAGGCAGACCACAGAACUCCUCGAGGGUGGCCCAGCACAGGAAGACAUGGAAGUCCCUGCACCCGCUCCGAACUAUGAAGGUGGUGUUACUUCGACAUUCCAGCUUGGUUCCCCAGAGCCUGGUGAACCGCCUAAAAAACGUUCCAAGAAAGAUGGCCCGUCCACCCGACCCAAGAAAUCCAAGGCGCAAAAGCAGGCCGAGAAGGACGCUGCUGAAGCCGGUUACGCUGCCAUGCAAGAGAAAGAAGCCCUCGUCCAUAUUGCCCCUAAGGAAGAAGUCAAAAAGGAGACUGUCUCCAAAGCCAAGAAGUCCAAAGAGGCCAAAGAGGCCAAAGAGGCCAAAGAAGCCAAGGAAGUCCCUGCCCUUGUCCCAGACAAGACAAUCAACUAUGAAUCGAAAGGCUAUAAUCAGAUCUACGAACAGAUCUGGAGAGAUAUGGCUCGGAAGGACAUUCCAAAGGUAUUCCGCCUGAAGCAGCUUUCCCAUACGACUCGCUAUGAGAAUCUACGAAAGACAGCUAUCCUGGCCAGCAAACAGGCACGCAAAUGGCAAGAGCGUACCAAUAAGAGCAUGAAAGAUGUUCAAGCUCGAGCCAAGCGAGUUAUGCGUGAGAUGAUGUCCUUUUGGAAGCGUAAUGAACGCGAAGAGCGCGACCUUCGGCGUAUGGCAGAACGCAAAGAAAUUGAAGACGCGAAGAAGGCAGAAGCCGAUCGAGAGGCAAACAGACAGAAGCGCAAACUUAAUUUCCUCAUUUCGCAGACCGAAAUCUACUCUCACUUUAUCGGUCGCAAGAUCAAGACCGACGAGAUUGAGAGGGCAACAGAUGACCCUGAAGUGGCGGCCUCUGGUAGUGCGGCUAAACCGAACACCCACAAUACUCACAUGGACGACAUGUCGGCUUCCAAUGAGCAUGGUAACCACAAGGUAACCAACUUCGAGGACCUCGACUUUGAUGCAGAAGAUGAUUCCGAACUCAGAAAAGCAGCAAUGGCCAACGCUGCGAGUGCUUUGCAAGACGCCCAGGACAAAGCCCGCAAUUUCAAUGGUGAAGAUCCAAUGGCUGCCUUUGAUUCAAGCGAUAUGAACUUCCAGAACCCAACCAUGGCAGGUGAUGUUCAAGUCACCCAACCAAAGAUGCUGCAAGCUCAACUAAAGGAGUAUCAACUGAAGGGCCUCAACUGGCUCGUCAAUCUAUACGAGCAAGGCAUCAACGGUAUCCUGGCCGACGAAAUGGGUCUCGGUAAGACUGUGCAGUCGAUAUCAGUAAUGGGUUACCUGGCCGAACAGCACAAUGUCUGGGGUCCGUUCUUGGUCAUCGCCCCUGCUUCGACUUUACACAAUUGGCAACAGGAGGUCACCAAAUUUGUACCUACGAUCAAAGUUUUACCAUACUGGGGCAGUGCAAAGGAUCGUAAAGUUCUGCGGAAGUUCUGGGACCGGAAGCACAUUACCUACAACAAGGAUUCGGAGUUCCAUGUUCUUGUGACUUCGUAUCAAUUGGUUGUUCAAGAUGCUCAGUACUUCCAGAAGAUCAAGUGGCAAUAUAUGAUUUUGGAUGAGGCCCAAGCUAUCAAAUCCUCGAGCAGUUCUCGAUGGAAGGCUUUGUUGGCUUUCCAGUGUCGCAAUCGUCUCCUCUUGACGGGUACACCUAUCCAGAACAACAUGCAAGAACUAUGGGCAUUGCUACAUUUCAUCAUGCCGACACUAUUUGACUCCCAUGAUGAGUUUAGUGACUGGUUCUCAAAGGAUAUUGAAAGCCAUGCACAGAGUAAUACCAAGCUCAAUCAAGAUCAACUUAAACGACUACAUAUGAUCUUGAAACCUUUCAUGUUACGCCGAGUCAAAGCACAUGUCCAGAAAGAACUGGGCGACAAGGUCGAGAAAGACGUCUUCUGCGAGUUGACCUACCGACAACGAGCAUACUACGCCAAUCUUCGAAGCAAAAUCAGUAUUAUGGAUCUUAUCGAGAAGGCGACUGUUGGCGAUGAUCAAGACACUGCGACCUUGAUGAAUUUGGUCAUGCAAUUCCGAAAAGUUUGCAAUCACCCGGACUUAUUCGAGAGAGCCGAUACUCACUCACCAUUUUCCAUGUCAUACUUUGCGGAGACUGCAUCUUUCUUGCGAGAAGGUUCCUAUGUACAGGUCGGCUAUUCAGUGCGCAAUCAAAUACAGUACGACCUUCCACGGAUAUUGUGCAACGAUGUUGGCAGACUAGAUAUUGCUGGUCCCAACAAUCAAACUGCCGGCUUUCGAAGGGCUGGCUUUAGGUCUGAUAAGAUGGCUGGAUUGUUGAAGAUUUGGACUCCUGAGCACAUCAAAGCAUCGGCAGAAGGGGACCAAGCCUUCACUUUCUUGCGAUUUGUCGACACUUCCGCCAGUGAAGCAUGUGUCGCAGGAGAUUCAGGCGUCUUUGAGCGUGCCAUCGAGCUAAGGAAGGGCACAAGGCGAGCGAUUACUGUGUUUAAAGAUUCUGAGGUGCAGACCCCAAUCCAUGCCAUGUUCAACAUUGUGGAAAACAAUCCAAGACAGGCUCUUGCGCAACUCGAUCCGAAUUCCAAUCUAGCCAAAUUAUGCAGCGUCUCGAAGAAUGCGCUCAUCGACACUGGUUACCCUGUUCUUGAGCCAGCCGCUGGUCCAAAGGCAUCGGCUCCUCCGAUCGAAGUCAGCUGCUUUGACCAGUCUUCCCUUUCUGAACGACAAUUGACCCUCUUCAGUUCAAAGAUCCGAAGUGUCUUGUUCCCUCUAGACGAAACCUUGGAAGAGAACUUGUUGAAGAACGACGUAGCUCCCCAAAAUUACCCACUAUCAAACUUGCUACCAAAAGCUGAAUCUGAAAAGGGGAGAUUUACCCACAUUGGAGUUCCUUCGAUGCGACGAUUUGUCACAGACUCUGGUAAGCUUGCGAAACUGGAUCAACUACUCCGAGAGCUCAAGAAUGGAGGCCAUCGUGUUCUUUUGUACUUCCAAAUGACCCGUAUGAUAGACUUGAUGGAAGAGUAUUUGACUUACCGCAACUACAAGUACUGCCGCUUGGAUGGUAGCACGAAGCUUGAGGAUCGUCGGGACACUGUCCACGAUUUCCAAACGAGACCAGAGAUAUUUAUCUUCCUGCUCUCUACCAGAGCUGGCGGUCUUGGUAUUAAUCUGACCUCUGCUGACACCGUCAUCUUCUAUGACUCCGAUUGGAAUCCAACCAUCGAUUCUCAAGCUAUGGAUCGUGCACAUCGACUGGGUCAAACCAAACAGGUCACGGUCUAUCGUCUCAUCACUCGCGGUACGAUUGAGGAACGGAUCCGGAAGCGAGCAAUGCAGAAGGAAGAAGUCCAACGUGUUGUCAUCACAGGUGGAGAUGGCGCCGGAGUUGACUUCAACACGAGAGAUCGACGCGAAAACCGAACUAAGGAUAUCGCUAUGUGGCUCGCUGAUGACGACCAAGCUGCACUCAUUGAGCAGAAAGAAAUGGAGCUUUCUGAGAAGCCUGAAGAGGAGAUAACAAAGAAGAGGAGCAAGAAAGCCGCCGCCGCCGCCGCUGCCGCUAGGAAGCGAAAAGGUGAGAUGAGUCUAGAUGACAUGUAUCAUGAAGGCGAAGGACAUUUCGAAGAUGCCUCAGCGAAACCAUCAGGUGCAGCGACACCAGUCGAAACGACUGAAACACCGGGACCCAAGAAAGGGCCAGGAGCUCGAGGUGGCCGAGGUGUCAGCAAGAAGGCAAAGACGGCCAAACAAAGACUGGCCAUCGUUGAUGCCGAAGGCGACUUGGGUAUGGGCGGCUAA